CACCGCACACAUUCUACAGAACAUUUUUUUUUUCUCGUUUCACACACCUUCCUGCUUCUAAUAUUAUAAUUUAUAUUAAUUGACGCGUAGAUUCCUCGACGACGUCGUCGCGGUUGCGGUGUAAACAGCAAAAUUUAGAAAAUAAUUUCAUUCUGAGGCAUGAGCGAGCCGGUUUAGUUGAGUGUUGACCACUGAAAAGUAAAGAUUAAUUGUAAAUUUCUCAUUUUUUCACAUUUUUUUGUUGCCUUCACGCAUUUCGAAGCACACAUGGCAUCAAAUUCUCUAACAGGAAAGAUAAUUCUUGUGAUUUGUCUUGCAGUUUUUGCGUACUACAUUUUUUGGGUUUCCGUGCUUCCGUUCAUUCUCGUGGACCAAACAAACUGGAUACAUUCGUUUUUUCCGCCGUAUCAGUAUGCAUUUGUGAUUCCGGCUUGCUUUGGGAUUUGCUUCGUCGGCGGCUUGUCCUUGUACACAAUCUACAACUUGAGGGGGCUCGUCAACAUUUUCUGAGUAAACAACGCAGCGCUGCGUGACAAACAACAAUAAUCCGUAGUAGUAAAUAGUAAGACAGCGAAAAAACAACAAAUAAAUGACAACAAAAAAGACAUUUUACAGCAACAUGGACCAACAACAAACACAAUGGCUCGUCAUUGGCGUGUCUGGCGUAACGUGCGGCGGCAAAACAACUCUCGCCAACAACUUGCUCAAAUUCUUCCGCGAAAAUCCGUCGUCGCUCGGACCUCAUCUGAAAAUCGAUCAAGUGCAUCUCGUCAGUCAGGAUAAUUACUUUUUGCCCGUCGACGACCCGCGACACGUGCUAAUUGAGCAUCUCAACCACAUCAACUGGGAAAUUAUCUCGUCAAUUGACAUGGAGCGGAUGUGCCAAGAUGUCAUGGAGCUACUUGGUGCAAAUUUUCUCUUCUAUCCCACGAAGCAGCAGCAAACGACGACGCAGCAACAAGACGAACUCAUGCAUGUCGACGAUAAUUUAUUCAGUGAACAUCAUCUGCCGUGCUCGGCAUCGUCGACGGGGGGAACAUCCACUGCAUUGCCGCAAAAGCUCAACAUUCUCAUAAUUGAGGGAUUUCUCAUCUUUAAUCACACAUUUACGCUGGAUUUGUGCAACAUCAAAUUUCACGUGCAUUUGCCGUACGAAAGGUGCUAUGAGCGUCGACAGAAGCGACGUUACGAGCCGCCGGAUGUUUUGGGGUAUUUUGAGAUGGUUGUGUGGCCUUUGUACGACAAACAUUGCAAGGAGUUUGCGAAACGACGCGACAUCAUGUAUCUGAAUGGCGAAGUAGCGCGCGAUAAAAUCUUCAAUUUUGUCCUGAAUGCAAUAAGGGAACAAUUGUAAAUAUAAUUUAUGGGGAUUUGUGAUUUUUUAUAUUGGGGCGCCAGACACGAAAAUAAUUCUAAAUAUUGUAAAUAUCAAACAAAUAAAGACUAAGGGUUAAUAUUAUAAAAAAAAAUAUAAGUUUUUGUAUGA